AUGGCAUGUCCCAACUUGCUGUGGGCAUUCUUGGUCUCCACCGGUCUUGGAGCCAGCAUGGCCCAGAGUGUCACCCAGUCUCAACCAGAAAUGUCUGUGCAGGAGGCAGAGACCGCCACUCUGGACUGUACAUAUGACACCAAGGAUAGCAAUUAUUAUUUGUACUGGUACAAGCAAACUGCCAGUGGGCCGAUGAUUCCCAUUAUUCGCCAAGAAGCUUAUAAGCAAGAGAAUGCAACAGAGAAUCGCUUCUCAGUAAACUUCCAGAAAGCUGCCAAGUCCUUGGGUCUCCAGAUCUCAGACUCACAGCUGGGAGAUGCUGCUGUGUAUUUCUGUGCCCUCCAGGAGCACACAGGAGGAUCUGGAAAGCUCAUCUUUGGAAAAGGAACAGAACUGACAGUAAACCCAUCCAUCAAGGACCCUGACCCAACUGUGUACCAGCUGAGAAACUCUAAAUCCAGAAACACUGUCUGCCUAUUCACCGAUUUUGAUUCUAACAUCAACGUGUCAUCACAAUUUAAUGAGGAUUCUAAAAUGUUUGUCUCCGGAAACACUGUGCUGGACAUGAAGUCCAUGGAUUCCAAGAGCAACGGCGCCUUGGCCUGGAGCAACAAACCUAACUUCACUUGUACGAGUGCCUUCACCCAGAACUUCUCCUUCUCCAGCUCAGAGAUUCCCUGUGAUGCGAAGUUGGUAGAGAAAAGCUUUGAAACAGAUAUAAACCUAAACUUUCAAAACCUGUCAGUGAUGGGGCUCCGCAUCCUCCUCCUGAAAGUGGCUGGCUUUAACAUACUCAUGACGCUACGGCUGUGGUCCAACUGAGGUCGGCAAGAUUAUAAGGACCUGAGCUCCCUCAUCCUUCCUCCUCUUCCCUCUUCUCUCUUCUUCAAGCAAAGGGAAUCUCCCACCUCCAUGAAGAAGGCGGCUCCAUUGCCUCUUUGGCCCCCACUGGCAAAGCCACCAACUGGAUCUACCCAAAUUUGUCAUGAAGAUUGCUAAAGAGCUGCCAAACGCUGCUGCCACCCCCUCCAUUCCCAGACUGCUGCUUGUCACCAUUCACAGCAAAAGUAGGGGCUGCUGCAGCCUCUCCUAGCUGUGGAGAAUCCCUCCCCCUUCCCAGAGACUGCCUCUGAUGGAUCCCCCUGGGGUUUCUUAGACUUUAGUUCCUGGAGAAUGUUCUCCAGUUUAUAUUUUUUAAACAUUGUUCAUAAAGAAGUACUUUAUUAUUCUUUUUCUCAAGAUGUGGGGAAAAUUAGCUCAUUAUCUAGGUCCUGCUAUGCUGUGUAUCUGAGGCACAUUGUGUAUUAUUCUGCUACUCACAGCUUCAUUAAAAAUGAUUUAGAAGAGCA